UAACAAGUUUACAAAACAAUCAACUAAUUUGAAAAUCAAUUCUGAAAAGGAUUUCAAUCAACAGAUUAUAAAACCCUUAAAAGGAUUAUAAGAAUUAAGAAAAAGAUUUUCUAAAUUAUUCUAAUCAAUUAAUUUAAUUGAAACAAUCAAAAAGUAAUUAAAGAUUUGAAAUGAAGAAAAUGUUAAAUUAUAUGAAUACGAAACAUUUUUUUUCUAAUGGUUAAACUGAAAUGAAUUAUUAUCGUUAAUUGUUGAAAAUUUCUCAAGGAAUUGUGUUCAAGUUAAUCCGAUAAUCUAAAUGAGAUUAAAUUGUGAUUAACUUUUGAAUGGAUUUAAUUUUCAAAAGAACCGGGGAUCGAAUGUCUAUUCUCACAGCGAGAUGAGUCUAUUCAUCGAGCAUUUUCCUUAGAAUUAGUUACUCGUCUCUCUUUUCAGAGACAAAGAUAUUUGUUAUUGUGUUUGUUUAAAUAUCUUUCAACUAAUUUAACUUUUGAUUAAUUGAUUAACUCUAUUUGUUGAAUCACUUUAUUUAAUUAAUUGUUCAAAUGGAAUCAGUAAGACAAGAAGAACUUCAAUCUUACUGGGAAGUGGCCAGUAUCACACAUUUCUGUCACUUAUUUAAGAAAAAGUUGAAAUUACCUGCAUUUGAAUUUGAGGAUCUGGAAGAAGCUAUUUUAGAGCCAAUCAAUGCUGAAGGUGAUGAAAGUGGAAGAUGGCUAAUUGAAAAGAUAAUUAAAUCUCUUUUGUCUGGAUACUUUGGCCAAUCUAUUAAUGAUGCUAAUUAUGAUCGUUUUUUCCGAAAGAUAAUGGAAAAAGAAUGGGAAGAGAAUGAUAAAUUUAAAAAUCCUAUGGUUCAAGUUUCUUUUGACGAAAAUGGUGAAGAAAGAGUUGAAUGGCUCGAUUUUCAUUCUUUGCAUGCAAGAACGAAGGUUCAAAUUUUAUACAGAUUAUGUGAUUAUCGACUUUCGGCUCCCGAUUCAUCUACUUUUGUCAAAGACGCUGCUGGCAGAUUAAGACUUAAACCUAUUGGAAUAGAUUCUUUAGGAUAUGUUUAUUGGUAUUUCCACGGGCGAAGACUUUACAAAGAAAAGCCUCGAGUUGCCAAAAUUCUUGUCGAGAAGCUUCGAGAACCAAUGAAAAUGGUUAAUGGUACUUCUUCUCCUAUCAGAGAAGAUGCAACUGAAAAAAUUGAGGAAACGUUGAAGUCUCCAGAAAAAGAGUCUGCGGAAAUUGAAGUUGAAGCAGAAACAGAAACAGAAACUCAAGAAAUGCCAAAAGCACCAAUGAAUGAUCAAAUAAAUGGUUUUAAUAAAACAAUGGCCUCUGGUCUUAAAAAUCAAACUACUUUAUGGAAUUGGUUGAAAACAACACAAUCAAAGCCUGAACCCAAAUCAACCACUGGAAUUCCUGUAUCAAUACUCAAAGAAUCUUGGACAGUAAUUUGCCAUGAUGAAGAAGAAUGGAGGAAACUAAUUGAAAGAAUGAAACAAAGUUUAAGUUUACCUGAUCGUGAAUUAGCUGAAAGGUUCAAAUUAACUUACUUACCUAAAGUUGCUGAAAUAGAGGCAGAAAUGUUGAAACGUCAACGUGCCGAAGAGAAAGCAAGGGAACUUGCUUCGAUGCCGAAAAGAUGUUCUCAACGAAUAGCUUCCAAGUUAGCGAGUCAACAACUCAGUGCUGAUAACAUUAUUGAAAACAAAUGUCGAAGUAGAGCUGAUCGUGCUCGACUUCGUGAUCUCUACCGUGGUGCUUGUGAUGAAGGAGCAACUGAAGAUGCUAAUGAUGAAAGUUUCAACCCUAAAAAUGAAGGAGACAAAGAUUCAUGUUUCGAUGAAGAAGAAGAGCUUGAACCAAACGACGAAGAUGAUGAAACUGAGCCCAUAAAAUAUCAUUCUCGUAGAAAUGGAAAAAAUUCCAAUAGUCCAGUACAAAAUAUCGAAGAUGACGAGCCAACACCAUCGGUUUCAUCAGCUUCGGCUGCGUCACUUUCCUCAAAUGAUAAAGAAGAUGGUUCAAUCUCAUCAGCUGAUUCUCGAUUUCCUCGUAGGAGUAAUCGAAGGGCAACAAAACCAGAAGAACCUCCAACUUUGGUUAAACGUAUUCGCGUUGGAUGUUAACUAAUCUAUAUAUUAAUUGUUCUCGUCGUUACAAUUUACCAUCUAUACUACAGCACACAAGAUGACAACAAUUAGCUAGAAAUUCAACUCUUCAACGUUAUUUAAAUACUAUUUUCAUAUCCAAGUCAAAAAUUGUCAUCUCUUUACAGUCACUUUUUGACCAUUGACAAAAAAUACAUGUUAUACUUAAAUUGCAUUAAUUUUUUAUCAAAGUUUGCAUCUUGUUCAACUAACACUAAUUCUGAAAAAAAAUAUCAUUUGUUUGUACAAAUCUCUCAUCCUUUUAUAUAUUACAAACCAAUUAAAUCAUUUACAAUCAAUGUGA